AUGGGUGUAGUCUCAACAGCCUUGUCGGCAAUCAAUCUAGUACAAGAUGCAAAUCUUCAACAACAAGUCAGAACAACCAUCGAUACAAUUAACAUUUUGAGAGACAAUAUGGAUGUACACGCAAGUCAAAUUUUUCAACUAACUGCCGGGCAAAUCAGAUCAACAGAAGAACUCUAUCACACACAAAUGGCUCUAAAUAAUACAAUUAAAAUAGUGAACGAACACUCCGACAUGAUAAGAGAGAAUCGAAUAGCAAUUAACACCUUAGCAGAAACAAUCAAAGCACUACAAAAGAAACUUUCGACAUUCAUACAUAAUGUAGAAACACAUUUCAUUCAUGAUUCGAUCGAAGAUAUCUUGGCUAACAAACUCAAUUUACGAUUCAUGCACCAUCAGGAUCUACCUCGAGUAAUAGAUAUCAUAAUGCAAGAAACAAAUAUAAAUUUAGACAAAGAUAAUGAUGACAUACCACUAUUUGAAUUAGCCAGCCGUUUAUUGAUACAACAACGCGUCGAAUUUAUGCCAACACCCAACACACAAAGAAACGAUCAAGAUAAAAUGGGAAAUUUAAUAUUCAUCUCGUUUUUUGCAGCGACGGAUAAAAAUCAACAUCAAUUUUCAACUUUUAAAUUAAUUCCAAUGCCCUUCAACCAUGAAAAUCGAAGGGUAAAACUUGCUCAAUUACCAUCAAUGGUGAGCAUCUCGACCAAAAAGAUGGAAAUAAUCCAAUGGACAAAAGAAGAAACCACAGCAUGUCGGUUCGAGUUAACAUCAUCAUGUCGUGAAACACCACCGAUUAGAAAAAAUUGGCAAGAAAGUUGCUUAUUCGAAAUAUUAACGGAUUCAAAAUUAACCAACUGUCGAAUCGAAGAAGAAACUGAACCAAUUUUUGUACAAAAAAUCGGAAACAAGUGGGCCAUAUCAACACAGAACCAAACAAGAUGUCAUCGAGUAAUGCAAAAAGAUCAAAAUCAACAUAUAAUAACAACAAAUAACGAACUAACUCUUCCACCAAUUGUCCUACUAGCAACGGAUAACUCAACGUCGCUAAGCUGCGACCACUUCUUUCUUCCACGACCUACAAGCAACAAUAAUAAACAAAUAGCAAUAAUCGAAGAACAAACAAUCACCGAUGAAGAAUCAUAUUUAAUUGACUUAAAUCAUCAUAUCAAGAAUACAACAAAAUGGGAAAAAAUACCAUAUGUCGCAUCGAAUAUCCAAAGCAUGUUCGAACAUUUAAUGAAAACGCCUCAAUCCAAUGGAAUAAAACAUAUACAAACAACAUGGUACGAACCACUAAUGCCUGGGGUGGUCGUGGGCGUACUAGUUGCAAUUGUGAGUAUCUCAAUAGUAUGUGGAUACUUAAUGUGGAUCACAAAAAUGAAAAAACUAACAGAAUUAAUCAAUAUGCCAGCAACAUGA